AUGUUGGAGUUUGCUAAAAAGGAAAUCUGCGCUUUUCUUAAUAAGAACAGCAUCAAUGAAUUAGUAUUUAUUCCUUAUGCACAAAACAAUUUUAAUGAGUACACCAAAAAAAUAAAAGAUAUUAUUGAUCCAUGGGGUUUCUCCGUGACAGCUAUAGGGUUAGUGCCAUUUAAUAUUAAUCCACACUAUAUUGACAAGAAUGAAAAUGAAACUCAUAAAGGUGAAACAAGAGAUCAGAGAAUUAAUGAAUUUAUUGACAUGCCAUAUGCUAAAGCAGUUUUAGGCUUAAGAGAAGGCUCUAUUCUACAUAUAGAUGGUAAUUCAUUAACAAUAAAAGGAGUUGCUGGUGCAGUAUUGUUCAAAAAGGGACAGAAAAAAACAGAGUAUUGUGUAGGUGACAAUGUGUCAUUUUUAUUUGAAGAA